AUGUCACCAGCGAUAGAAAACACAGAGUUCGAUGACCAGUUACUACGAGACGAUGCUUUCGAUGAUUUGCAAGCGCCCGGCCAAAUGUCUCCAAGGUCUAGUCAGAGCGUACGGGCUGUAUCGAUCUUUGAUGGCUACGAGGAGGACUCAAAUGAGACAGAUCCAAGUCAAGACAUGGAUCAGCCUUUGUAUGAGGAACCUCCCCCAGGACUACCGCAAUCUGAGGCCUAUGAUCAUGACAAGUCGCGUUAUCACGAACCAGAGACCUUUGAUUUGAGGCCACCUCCUCCAACGGUAACAGAGUCAGAUGCAGAAAUGCUUGCCGAACGUUUGUUCUCUGUUGACCACCUCAAAUCUAUCCUUGAAGACCACGCUUUAUUCCACAAGUUCACCAUUUUUCUCAAUCGCUAUCAACCACAACUGGUGCCGCUCCUGAUACGAUACCUCGACUCCCAAAAGGCAAUCGCCGCUGCACGUUACGCUAACGCAAUAAUUGCGCAACGUAUCAGUAUGGAUCUGUCUCCUCGCGGUGGGAACAAGGGCGCAGUCAGCAUUAACCCCAGCCUCGAAGACACUGCUGAUCAGCUCUUGCAAACACUGGUGGAGGAAGCUCUUCCGGUCUACAUAACCCAUCAAUUAACACAGGUGGUGACAGAAUGUCUUGUCAAGGAAAUCACAGGUUCGAACACGCCGAUUAUGCAGGAUCUUGUACAGGGAGUUGCAGAAGUAUAUUGCAUGACAGAUCCAACUCAGCCUGAUAACCCCAUUGUAUACUGUUCAGAAGAGUUCACGCGCACCACCCAGUACGGACGCAAAUACACUAUCGGCAAGAAUUGUCGCUUUCUACAAGGCCCGAAAAGCUCCCAAGCGACCCUAAGAAGGAUCAAGGAAGCCAUAGACAAGGGACAAGAGCUGUGCGAGACAUUACUGAAUUACCGUCGCGAAGGUACACCAUUCCUCAACCUUCUCCUUGUUGCGCCUCUCCACGACAAUAACCUUCAAGCGCGCUACUUCAUCGGCUGCCAAGUCGAUGUGACAAAUUUGGUAGACGGCGGGCGAGGUCUCGAGUCAUUCCAACGCCUAUUGAUGCACGACAGAUUAGGCCAGAAAGAACAGUCAGAAGCUACCCCGAAAGAAUCACUCAAACACCUUAGAAUGCUCGGACGCAUGUUGAGCGAUGAAGAGCUAAGGGCAGUGCAGCAGGACGCCCGUGGCUCAGCCCCCAGCACGCGCCCGAAUUCUAGUGGUGCGAGGAAGAACCAUCAUCCCAACCACAAGUACGUUGGUCUCGACGACGACUCUGAUGAGGCUCUAUACCCACCAGCACGCUUCGGAUCCUCUGGUCGAUUGCCAGGAGUAUACAAAAACUACCUCCUCGUGCGCCCAUCCCCUUCUCUACGUAUAGUAUUCACAUCCGCUUCUCUCCGAGUCCCUGGACUCCUCCAAUCAAACUUCCUCUCACGCGUCGGCGGUCCGGCGCACGUGCGCGCCGAAGUCGCCAAAGCGUUCGACCGUGGCGUCGGCGUAACAGCCAAAAUCCAAUGGCUGCAUGGAAAGUUCGGGCCCAACAUUGUUGAGUCCAAGACGCGCUGGAUUCACUGCACGCCGCUCCUGGGCUCGGACAACAAGGUGGGCGUGUGGAUGGUCGUCAUGGUGGAGCGAGAGGACUUUACAGGGCGGAUUAAUGGCGGUAUCGAGCAUAAGCCGCAGGCGAAAUGGCGCCCGGCUGAGGAUAGCGGGAUGGAGUCAGCGCACGGAAGGGACGUGUCAAAGGCUGAGAAUUCGAGGCUCUAUGCUCAGUAUCUCAGGCAGCAGGGGCGGAAUAGUCCCUCGAUGAUGAGCGAUAGGGGUGGCGUUGGUGAAGAGCCGAGGAGGCAACAUCAAGAAAGUGCAAGGGACAGAGGGAGAGACAGGAGGGGAGAGAAGGCGGUAGGCAGAUUUUUCGGGGAUAUCAAAGUGGUUUGA